UGUGUGUGUGUGUGUGUGUGUGUGUGUGUGUGUGUGUGUGUGUGUGUGAUCAAUGUAAUAACUGCAGGAUGGACUUUAUUCAACAUAACUAAAAAGACGGAACAGACAGACAAGACGUCCCUGUUCUAUGCUGAUCAAAAACACUGGGUUCCUGAGGAUGAUGUCAGGGUUUUCACUGUCUGCGGUGUGUGUGGCGGUGCUCCUUUCCUUGGGGCGAUGCCAGAACAGAUGCUUGGUCCAGGACGGAACACCAGGAGCGCAAGGAACUCCAGGCCGGGAUGGGCGACAAGGAGCAAAGGGAGAAAAAGGAGAGCCAGCACUGCAGCUGGAUGCGGGGUUGCCCCAUGGACUGAAAGGGACGAAAGGGAGCCGGGGGAUUCCCGGGGACAUGGGGCCUAAAGGCUUAAGUGGAGACCUGGGACCUGAGGGUCCCUCUGGGCCCCCUGGCCCCCCUGGCCCCGCAGGGAGAGGCGGGGACCAAUCCCAUCAACACCGCGCGGCCUUCUCCGUGUCCCGGACAGACAUCUCCUACCCCCCCUACAAACGAACCCUGACCUAUAACUCCGCCAUCACCAGCAGCAACCUGAUCAGUUUGAACUCUGGAAUCUUCACCUGCAGCAUACCUGGAGUCUACUACUUCGUCUUCCACUCAGAGGCCAAGGUGGGCAUGUGUCUGCAUCUGAAAAGUGACGCCCUGGGAGAGAGGAUGCUAGGUUUCUGUGACUACAACAACAGAGCCACUACCCAGGUUCUGUCAGGAGGUGUGGUGUUGGACCUAUCACGCGGCAACAAGGUGUGGCUGGAGCCGUUUAAAGACGAGCAGCCGGAGAAUGUGAAGGAUGACAAGAAGGACAAGAAGAUCGUGUUCAACGGCUUCCUGCUCUUCCCCACUGGGAAGUGAUGUCACAACGCCAUGCAGUGACCUCGUCACAUGAGUUGUCCCUGGGAACCAACCAUUACUAACACUGUUCUAUACUGAUCUAUACUGUUCUAUACUGAUCUAUACUGUUCUAUACCGAUCUAUACUGAUCUAUAUGGUUCUAUACUGAUCUAUACUGAUCUAUACAGUUCUAUACUGAUCUAUACUGUUCUAUACUGAUCAAUACGGUUCUAUACUGAUCUAUACUGUUCUAUACUGAUCUAUACUGUUCUAUACCGAUCUAUACUGAUCUAUAUGGUUCUAUACUGAUCUAUACUGAUCUAUACAGUUCUAUACUGAUCUAUACUGUUCUAUACUGAUCUAUACUGUUCUAUACUGAUCAAUACGGUUCUAUACGGAUCUAUACUGUUCUAUACUGAUCUAUACUGUUCUAUACCGAUCUAUACUGAUCUAUAUGGUUCUAUACUGAUCUAUACUGUUCUAUACCAACCCUGCCAUUAUUGAUAUAAAAUACAGUGCCAAGUGAAAGUCACACACACCUGUGGCAGUCUUUACUUUUUGAUGCUUUAAAUCUCAAAAGGGAUUUACAUGUGAUGUUUUUCUUUAAUCUACACAUCCUACUCCACAUUUUAAAGAAAUUAUACAACAUUUUCCAAAUGAAUAAUAAAAAUACAAUUUAAAAUGAA